AUGGCUCCUUCUGUUACCAAGAUUUUCCUCUCAGCGUUGCUCGUGGCGGCAUCGCUCCAGCCCACAUUCGCAGCCCCAUUGCCAGGAGAUAUCAUCUCUGCUCGUCAGCUAGCUGGUGAAGGUGCAGCAGCCGACUCCAUCUUGACCUCGACCGACAACGGAGUCGGCUACGGGAUCGAGAAUGCCGAAGAUAACACUGCAGCCUUGCUCUCGAGCUCAGGCACAAGCUCAGGCUCAUCAGGCUCCGGCUCCUCUUCUCCUCCACCACCACCUCCACCACACAAGUCCAGACGCCAGGCUGAUAAGAUCGCCAACGGCGCCGGCGCCAUCCUCAAUGCCGCUGGACAGCCAGGCGCUGCAAACGCAGUCACCUCGAACGGCGACUCUGUUGAUGGAACCUUGACUUCUGAUGCCGCUAACACAGGCGCACAAAUCGGAUCAACUGAGGAAUCUACCCUCGAAGGCGUUGGCAAAGCUAUCCCGAAACUUUGA